AUGGCUGUCCUACGCGUAGUCCUCCUCACGGCCCUCCUCGCCACAGCUCUCGCCGAUGAUGCAACGUUCGUUAAUUGUUCUGACUCUGACGCCGAGGUGUGCCAAGUGUCGGCGGUGCGAAUAACACCGUGCCGGAACCCAGGCAAAUCCUGUACUCUCAAGAAAGGAACAGACGCCACCAUUUCCUUUGAUUUCACUCCAAACUUCAGUGCAAGCAACCUGAAGACGUUCGUUUACUGGGACAGUGGUACCGCUGACCUUCCGUUCGUGGGCUUUGGGUCCGACAACGCGUGCACAUACACUACCUGCCCCAGCGUGGCUGGCCAGGCACAGACCCUCAACUACUCUCUGCAUCUUCACAAGAAACUGCCAUCGGGUAAAUUCAAGUUGAAAUGGAAGGUUUGGGAUGACGACCAGAAGCUACAGUCCUUCUGCUGCUUCACCACCGACAUUAAGUUGAAUAAGUAA